AGGUUAUCCAUAAAACCUCAGACAGAGAGGCUAGUGAGGGCUGGUGAGUGUUAGCGAUCGAAGAAAUACUUGGAAAACAAACAUUUUCCUUUCAGCGAAAUUGUCAUCAUGUCAUACUCUGAGGAUACAAUCAAGAAAAUGCUCCCUAAGACUUUUCUUCGCAAACACGUGGCUCAUGAAAUAUAUGUCACAAUAACCUACUUCAAACAGCUUGUGCCCAUAAUGGAUAAAUACGUUUAUAAUGAUGGAACCACAAAGGACUUGAUGAGUCUGACCGGCACCAUCCCUGUCAUGAUUAAUGACAAGACCUACAACAUACCUGUGUGCCUGUGGAUUGAGGAAAGCUACCCGCAGACUGCCCCCAUCUGCUACGUCAGACCCACACGUGAGAUGAUGAUCCUCAGAGGAGAGUACAUCUCCAGCAAUGGUGAAAUCCAGCUGCCUUACCUGGAGGAAUGGAAGAAUGGCGAGUGUGACCUCGUGAGCCUGCUGCAGGUGAUGGCUGCCACGUUUGGAGACUUUCCCCCUGUGUGUAUGCAGCCUCAUCCAGAGCCAGAACAAGACUCAUGUUGGCUGCAGUUCCAAAGGCAAGCAGAGGUGCUCUCAAAAGCAGAUGGAAGUUCGUACCUGUCUUUACCCAGAGGAGAUGGUCAACCUUUCCAGCAAGAAAAUGAAACCAACUGUUAGUCUUUUUGUGGAAUGUGACAAUAAUUUGCGUAGAAAGUGUUUCAUUGUACUGUGUCAGAUGGUAUCCAUUGAUUGUUUUAUAGUUCCUGAAAUCAUCAUUUCAGACAAAUAACAAAAUUUCUGUAUAUUUUUCAGAUGAUUCAGAUUAUAAAUGUCAAACAGCACCUGGUGAAAACAUGUUUGGUGGGGGUGUGUUGUACAUUAUGCCAUUAAAAAAAUGUUUUUAAAUGUUUUUUCUUAUGAAUAUAACAAACUACUUCAAUAUUUGAA